GAAUCGCAAAGUGGACCAUCGCCAUUUUCUAGACUUUGUGAUGUCAGCGAGACGAGCAGGCAUUUCUGGCAUAUUCUACGUGUGUAAGUCCCUCUUCUUCCUCUCCCGGCGGGUGCGUGGAGUGUCGCCCUUUCCUACGGACGCGCCGGACUACCUCUCGGCUCAUAGGAACGUUGUAGAGACUGCAAUACCCACAAAGAUGGCAUUCCCCACGCGACCUCCACUUAUGCCAGGGGUGCCAAUCUCAACAAUGAUGGGGACACCCUUUACCCUAGCACCUAAUAUUGUGCCAGCAGUUGGCAUACCCAUAUCACAGAUCCCCACACCAAUCUCAAGCCGUCCUCAGAUGCGCCCUAUCACAACGAGUUCCACCAGCAAGCCCACGCAAAACACCACCACCAACCAUGGAAUAAAGCCGCCCAGCUACUCGAAAAGGCUCGAGUCAUCGGGGCCGGCCGUUACGGUGUUUGUGGGCAACAUCACGGAGAAAGCCCCUGAUGUGAUGGUGCGGCACAUUCUCAACACAUGUGGCACGGUGUUGAGCUGGAAGAGAGUUCAGGGAGCAUCUGGAAAGUUACAAGCAUUUGGAUUUUGUGAAUUUGGCAAUCCUGAUGCAGCUCUGCGGGCAAUUCGCCUUCUUCACGAUUAUGAGAUAGCGGAAAAGAAGCUGGUUGUCAAGGCAGAUGCAAAGACCAAAGAAGUUCUAGAGGAGUACAAAGAAAAGAGAAAAAAGGCCAAGCAAAAUGGCGACUCAUCCCCUUUGCAAGACGAGGUGGACGAGGGCGACGACUACCUGGAUGAGGACAUGAGGGUGGAGGACACGGCCGCCCUGAGUCGCAUCAACAGCAUCUUGGCCGACCACAAAAAGGACAUCAUGAAUUACGUCCCGCCCCCAAACAAGCACGACAUGAGAGAGAAGAGGAUGUCAAGGGUCCAGGAGAAGCUUGUUGCGCUCUCCAGUGGGGCCGACAUCGCGAAUAUCCCCACCACAACCAACUUAGAUGACAUGGAGGAUGUGGAGGAGGGAAAGAAGGAGCUCAUCACGCGCGAAAUCACCCAAUUCCGGGAGCAAAUGAAGAAACAGGAGGAAGAGAAGGAGAGAGAGAGGAGGUUGAGAGAGAAGGACAGGGAGCGGGAGCGAGACCGCGAGCGAGAAAGGGAGCGGGAGAGAGACAGAGAGAGGGAACGUGAGAGGGAGAGGGAACGAGAACGAGAGCGAGAAAGGGAGAAGGAGAGGGAGCGAGAACGGGAGAGGGAGAGAAGAGAACGGGAAGAGAAGCUGAAGAGGAGGUCUCGUUCAGGUUCCCGAGGAGGCAGCCUGCGAAGGUCACGCUCUCAGUCAGUGGAAAGCCGCAGAGUGAAGAAAGAUAAAAGGUAUUCCAGAUCUAGAUCACCCUCACCUGUACGAAAGAGUGAGAGGGAUUUACUAAGGGAAAAGGAAGAAGAAGCAGAAGACAAAGAACGCAAGGAACAGGAGAGGAAAGUUCGGAAAAAAGAGAUGCAGUAUCAGGAGAGAUUAAAGAACUGGGAGACAAGGGAGCACAAGAAGCAGAAGGAGCUCGACCGCGAGAAGGAGAAGGACCGCAUGAAGGAGCUGGAGAGAGAGAAGGAGGCAAGGAGGCUCAAGGAGUUCCUCGAAGACUACGAUGACGAGAGAGACGAUCCCAAAUACUACAAAGGUCAUGCAUUCCAAAGAAGACUUAUGGAGAGGGAGCAAGAGAAGGAGAUGGACACCCGGGACCGUGUCAAGGAGAAGGAGGAGCUGGAGGAGCUGCGAGCCAAAAUUCUUGCUGAAGGACAUGAUAAUCCUGAUGCUGCAUUCCAAAAGGCUUGUGCAGAAAGAGAGGAGCAGUACAGGCCAAAGCUGCUGGUGAAACCUGCAGAGAAAAAGAUCCCUCCCCCAGCGCCAGCACCUGUGGAGGCCCAGCCAGCGUUACCUCAAGCCCCAGAGCAGCCGCCUCUGCCCAGCGUGCCCGCAGAGUCAGACUCGGAUUCAGACGGCCACAUGUCCGAUGCCCCGCCUGAGCCCAUGCCAGAUAUGGAAGACAGUCCUUCUCAAGGUGGUGACUAUGAAAAUAUGGAAGACAGUUCUCCUCAGGGUGGUGACUAUGAAAAUUCGUUCCUGUCCUCCUCUGAGAGUACACGUCAGCCACAAAAGAGGAAAAAGCUGGAUGUCAAAGAUGUCUUUAACCAAGAUGAUGAUGACAUUCUGGCCAAAAAGAAGAAGCUGCCAUUGCCAGAACGGACACUUACUGCCAAGGAGGAUCCUCUGCAGAAACUAUUGAGAAAUACAAUUGAACCAGGCAAAGACAAGAGUGGCAAGGAGAAAGGUGGUGGAGAAGAGAAACGCAAACAUAUCAAGAGCAUGAUUGACAAGAUUCCUACGAGUAAAGAGGAACUCUUUGCUUACCCAAUUGACUCGUCUCUUGUUGAUAAUGUCCUAAUGGAGAAGAGAAUUCGUCCCUGGAUCAAUAAAAAGAUCAUAGAAUAUAUUGGAGAGCCAGAACCCACGUUAGUUGACUUCAUCUGCUCAAAAGUUCUGGUUGGAUCCGAGCCACAGUCCCUUCUCAACGAUGUACAGAUGGUCCUUGAUGACGAAGCUGAGGUGUUUGUGGUGAAGAUGUGGCGAUUACUCAUCUAUGAGAUAGAAGCAAAAAAAUUAGGUGCUGUAAAGUCUUAAUUCCCCCCACCCCCCCAUCUCACCUAUUGUUAGGAGGGUCGAAUUAGCCGUUGUAAGGUUAUUUUAUGUAUCAUAUUACAGUAAAGAAAAAGUCAAUCAGGGUACUGUGUUUUUAUUGUACAUAUUUUGUUAUAUCUGUGAAUGUUAUCAAGACACACCAAAACUGUUGGCUUAUUCAGGUAUCUUACUUCUUUUAAGCACAAAAUUUAUCAGUUAGUUUGUAAUAACUUCUUUAUUAGGAAUUUUACUGAUCAGGUUUAUGAACAGUGUAUUGACUUCAGUAAGAAUUUUUUUUUUUUUCAUUAUCAUUAAUUAUCAAUUUUAUUCAUAUAGAUAUUUUUGUGUCAAGAUAGAAAGAAAAGAAGAAAAGAACUUGAAAGGAAAAAUGUGAUUAGAUUAAUUUUACUUGACAAUGUAUCAAUGUGCAUUUUCAUACGAAGCAAUCACACCUCUUUAUUCUUGCAGAACCUUAUUUUGUACUACUUUUCUCCCCCCUUAGACACUUGACAAUAUUUGAUGAUAAUGGUCAUCAACAAUAAUAAACUCACAUGCCAGUGAUCUUGUCAGGCACACCCAUUCCACCCCAGGAAGGUCUUUACGAUUCUGCUGGCUCAGAAUGCCCGUGUGCGGAAACGGUACCUGCUUUUCUUUCGUCAUUCUAUUUAUUCCCUCUACUUUUUGUCCACUUUAUUAUUUUUUAUGACCAUAGGUUAGUGAAUAGUGCGUGUAUGAGGUAAUGUACGUGAAGUGGCAGUGCCAAUGUUUUGAGAAAUCAUCGUGGGAGUUUAAUUUUUUAUUUUUAUUUCUAUUUUUAGUUAUAAAAUUUUCUUGUGAUUUUUUUUUUUUUUUUUUCAUAUGUGAUCAUAGGAAAGGAGAGAAUUUUUGUAGCCACUACAUUUGUACAAGUAAGACUUUAAUAGAAAUUUACAUCCUGAUGGUAAUAAUAAUUGUUAUUAUAGACAAAAAAGAAUGUAGUCAAUUUGGUUACUUUUAUAAACUUUGAGUAAUUCUGAAUUAUUUUUUCAUGAAGAUGACUCUUUGGAGAAUGUAGAUGUGCUUGAUAUUUUUACCUUCUUUAAGUUGAAAAAGCUCCCAUCCCUUUCAGCUAUAAACUUUUUUUUUAUAUACAGAUUCCAGAUCUUGUUGAAGUAAAUCCAUCUUGAAACUCAGUGAAGAGAGAGUAUGGGUAUCUCUUAGACAUAAAUUCAUGGUGCAAACUCUCGUAAUGGAUACAGGUCUCCCAUCUGAGAUUUACAGUAUGGUGUAUGGAUCUAUCCUGUGAUUGUAAAUAAAGUCAGGUUUACAUA